CGGCGCUUCUGUUUUUUUCUGUGUGUACACACUGAACCGCCGCUUUAUUUCAGAUGAAGCGUCCUCUCAUUCCGUUACUAAGGUUUUAUACGUGAUACAACAGCUGUCUUCGCCAUGAGCUGCUUGGAUGUAAUGUACCAAGUUUAUGGUCCACCUCAGACUUAUUUUGCCGCAGCAUACACACCUUAUCACCAUCAGAAAUUGGCAUUUUACUCAAAAAUGCAAGAAUCACCAGAAAUGGUCAGUGGAAGCAGCUCAUCUUUUCCCAACCUCUCCGGGCUACCCAUAAAAGAGGAGGACUGCACCCAGGAGAAAGAUCACCCGCCAGAGGCCGAGUACAUCAGCUCUAGAUGCGUGCUCUUAACCUAUUUCCAGGGGGACAUCAGUUCUGUGGUGGAUGAACAUUUCAGCCGGUCUUUGAGUCAGUCAAGCAGCUAUGCACCUGGAUCCAUCAACAGCAAAACUGCGAGAGGUACAUCAUCCUGGAGAGAAGGAUCAUUCCCUAUGAGCCAGAGGAGCUUCCCUCCUUCGUUCUGGAAUAGCGCCUAUCAGCCAUCAGUCACUGCAUCUCUCAGCAGCACCCUGAGUACCUCCCACACCGAUCUUCCCUUCCCAGCAGACCCCUAUUCCACUACCCCCCUACAUAGCCACCUUCACCAGGCCACCCCAGAACCCUGGCACCCUUCUCACCACCAUCACCCUUACUCGCUCAGUGGAGCUAUCAGCACCCAGGCAUCCGCAUACUCACGACCCUCCAUGCAUGAUAUGUAUGGAACACACUUUGACCCCCGUUACGGCUCUCUGCUUGUUCCCUCGGUGCGGCCGCAUAGACUGCCCCCAGCUACGGUACCCGCACCUGGAGCCUCACUGUGCGAUAUCAGUAAGAGCGAACCAGGCAGCUCAGCAUGGACCGGAGCUUUCACAGCAACAAGCUCUGACAUGGGCCAGAGCCUCAGUCUGAACAUGGAUGCAGGUGUGAACUACAGUACAUACAGAGGUCAAAAAAACUCGGCGCUUCACCCUCUGCAGUGGGACCAUCCUAAGCUGAACAUUAAGCAGCAGGGGAUAAUAUCUCUCCAAACCAUUUCAAGAACCAUUCGGAUGACUCUUGAGAAAGAAAAGACAGUAAAGAGAAAGAAGCAAUGAGACUAAACAUGAGCUUUCCAGAAAUAUUUGGUGGUGCGAUUGGUAGCUGCUCUCACCCGUCCAUGCCCCCCACCAACCGAAUGCUCUCAGCAAAACGGACCCAAAACAAACUGAAAAAGAACAGAUAUGUCUUUUGCGGGACAUGUGAGAACGGAAAUGUGGCGGGCGUGUUAUAUGAAGACUUUUCUUUUGACUAGAAAUGAGAGUUUCGGAUCAGAUAACAGCAUUCCCUAUCAUGACAGAAGACAUAGAGAGGCUAUUUGAAGCCACUUGACUCUAUCUAUAUUGCUUUCAGCACCUGUCAUGGACAACUGUUGUGGAACUUAGCAGACGCACACACAUUGGCAGUUUCACUGUGCACUGUUUGACCAAGCGAGUGCCCUGGAUUUCAUGAAAGAGGCAUUUUGUUGUAUCUGGACACAGCAAGAGGGAACAACUGGUUUGGCAUUUAAUUUCUUGGGAGGUGUGAUGUUGCUAGGGAAGUGUGGGCUUGUGUUGCUGUUUGACAGGAAGUGGACAAACACCAUUUAGCUGUAUAUAUUAUUGUCUAUUUACCUCUCCUUAUUCUAAUAAACAACAGAGCAGUUGAAACUAGAUUUACAUUUUCUAAAGGAAACCCAGUGCUUGCAAGGCAAACAAAGAAAAGUGUAAACGUGUCAGGUAAGCUUAUAUUUUAGGCUUUGGUUCUGCUGCUUUAUUGAACGAUAUUGAUUUUUUUUUUUUUUAAGAUAUGACCGAUAAUUUGUUUACAUGUCUGAUAACUGAUAUGCAGAACUGAUAUUUAAUAAUUGUUUUAUUUAUGGCUUUUUGCACAAUGGUAACUAAAAAAUCUACAAUAAGACUACAAAAAUAGCAUAAGCCUACAAAAAUUUUAAUAAUAAUAAAUCAUAAUAAUAUAAGUGAUCUGGCAAUAGGUGGUUUAACAGAUACAAGCAAGACAAGAUCAAUCACAAUUUAGUAUGCAAAUAGAUGUUAGAAAGAAGGCCAAUCGGAAUUCAUAAUGCAAAAAUUACAUUGUUGUCGGUUAGAUUUUGAUC